AUCAAAGAAAUGAUCAUGAAGACGUUUUCACUUGUUUAUGUUGUUUUAUCAAUUUCAUGGGUAGUUUCUGCUCAUUCCCAUGAAGAUUUUAUUCAAUGCCUUUCCCUUCAUUCUCAUAACUCCACAUCAAUCUCCAAAGUCAUUUACACCCCAAACAACUCUUCCUAUCUAUCCAUAUUGGAUUUUUCCAUACAAAACCUAAGGUUCAUAUCACCAAAUAUUCCCAAACCUCUAGUCAUUGUCACACCUUUGGAUGAGUCCCACAUUCAGACAACCAUAUAUUGCUCCAAAAAACAUGGCAUGCAAAUAAGAGUCCGAAGCGGAGGACAUGACUAUGAGGGCCUCUCGUCUCUCUCUCUCUCUGAAGUCCCAUUUGUCAUAGUUGAUCUCAUAAACCUUCGAAAAAUCACUAUUGACAUUGAAAGUAGCACUGCAUGGAUUCAAGCCGGCGCAACCCUAGGUGAAGUUUACCACAGCAUUGCUCAAAAGAGUAGAACUCUUGCCUUUCCGGCCGGUGUUUGCCCCACGGUUGGUGUUGGUGGACACAUAAGUGGGGGAGGGUAUAGCAUGCUGUCGCGUAAACACGGCCUUGCUGCUGACCAUGUCAUCGAUGCUCAUGUAAUCGACGUUAAUGGUAAAUUUCUUGAUAGAAAAUCCAUGGGGGAAGACCUCUUUUGGGCAAUCAGAGGAGGUGGUGGUGCUAGUUUUGGAGUCAUUCUUGCAUGGAAGGUAAAUUUGGUUACUGUUCCAUCAACCGUGACUGUCUUCAAUGUCAGCAGGUCAUUGGAACAAAAUGCAACCAAGCUUGUCCACAGGUGGCAAUACAUUGCAGACAAAUUUGAUGACAACCUACUCAUGAGGGUCUUCAUAAGAAGUGUGAAUUCUAGUACUCAAGAUGGUGGACGAACGAUACAAGCUUCAUUCGUUUCCUUGUAUCUUGGUGGAGUUGAUACACUCCUUCCAUUGAUGCAGAAAAGCUUCCCUGAAUUGGGUAUGGUGAAAGAAGAUGGUUUUGAAAUGAGCUGGAUUGAAACGAUUCUCUAUUUUGCAGGCUACUCUAGAGAAGACUCCAUUGAUGUUUUGUUGAAUAGGAGUGCUAGUUUUGGUGGCGGGGAAUCCUAUUUCAAAGGGAAGUCAGAUUUUGCGAAGGAGCCCAUUUCAGAGAAUGGACUAGAAGGCAUAUGGGAGAGGUAUAAUGAAGAAGAUGAGAAUGGGGCUGAGAUGUUGUUGAGUCCUUAUGGAGGAAGGUUGAGUGAGAUAUCGGAAUCCGAAACACCUUUCCCUCACAGAGCUGGGACUAUAUACAACAUUCAUUAUGGAGUGUCUUGGGUUGAAAAGGGGUCAGAGGCAUUGGAAAGGCAUAUAAGUUGGAUCAGAAGUCUUUACAGGUACAUGACUCCCUAUGUUACCAAGUCUCCAAGAGCUGCAUAUCUCAACUAUAGGGAUCUCGACUUGGGAGUAAACAAUGUUAAAGGCAACACAAGCUACACACAAGCAAGUAUUUGGGGUCUUAAGUAUUUCAAAAGUAACUUCAAGAGAUUGGUGCAUGUGAAGACAAUGGUCGAUCCUGCUAAUUUCUUCAGGAAUGAACAAAGCUUUCCACCAUGGGGUAAGAAGAGAUAGAUCAAUAUUCCCUUGGUCUACAAAAAGGUUUGCAACAAAUAUAUUUUAUAUAUUGUAUUGGCAUAAAUAAGGGUUCCAGGGAAAAAAAGGGUGUAUGUUCAAGUAAUUACUGGGGCCAAAAAAAGUAUACGUUUUUUAUUGUUAUAUGUUAUAGUCUGUUUUAAUUACCCAAUAAAGUUACAGUAUGUUUUUGUGUA